AUGCAAUGUCAGCUAUUUAGGACAGAAACAUCCAAGGCCGUGCUAGAACUCAAUUACCACUACAUCUGCGUUAAAGCAGGAACUGCAGGCCUCUGGUCUACGGCAACCAUAGGACUCGUGCUGCUCGUACGCUGGGCUAUAAUUUAUGAAACUGAGCCCCAGAUCCAGCCAAUCAUUUAG